GCAAUAUUCUUUCAAUCGGAUAUAUAAAUCUGUUUUACAUUUAACUGUUUUAGCGCUUCAGACGACACCUGUCGGUGAAAACAACGACACCAGUCGGUGGAAACAAACGAAACAGCCGACGCUGUAGACGAUAUUUUUAAGUAAAGACUAAAAGAAAAUGGCGCUUAUUAUUUUUCCAUUGACAUUUACCAUAAAUCCACUGGUAGCACUUGUGUUAGUAGUUUUAGCAGUAGUCUGGUUUCUAAAAGUGAAAGACGACUAUAAACUCUUUGAAAAGUUAAAGAUACCAGGUCCCAAGCCAAUGAUGGUAUUUGGGAGCAUAGGAGAGUUUAAAGACAAGAAUCCAUUGGACGUCUUCAAAGAAUGGAGGAAAGUUUAUGGAGAUAUCUACGGAUUUUUCGAAGGAUUUAGCCCCAGUUUAGUUGUUAACUGUCCAGAGAUGGCAAAGCAAAUUUUAGUGAAACACUUCGACAAAUUUCACAUUCGACCAUUGUGCAAUCCCUUUGUGUAUAGUCCAGAUGAAAGCAGUCUUCUCAAUACAUAUGGUAACGAAUGGAAGCGACAGAGAUCCAUUGUAGCCGCUGCCUUUAACUCUGUAUCUAUGAAACAUAUGUCCAACAGAGUAAAUGCAACCGGAGAUAAGUUUUGCAGAAAGGUUAAUGAACAAAAUAAAAGUAACCCUGACGGUUUUGACGUCACUGAUUUGAUAGACAGAUAUACACUGGAUGCGUUUGCCGACUCCGGAUUUGAUUUUAAAGCUGACAGCUUAGACAACGAAGAUGCACUAUUGUAUCGUUUUAUGAAGCAGUUCAACCAAUCAGCUGCUGCUGACAAUCCUGUUGCUGGUCUUGCACGUGUCUAUCCUGGACUUACACCAUUUCUUCAGCUUUUCGACAGGAAACACAAACAAAUCCAUGAAGAAAACAUGAAACAAAUACGUGAACAUGUCGUUAGGAAAAGACAAGAGUACUCACAAUCAUCCAGCGACGAGCAAAAGAAUUUCUUAGGACAAAUGAUAAAUUGUUCAUUUUUUGAUCGGGACGAAUAUGGAAUAUACCGACGACGCCAAUUAAAAGAUGAAGAGAUAAUUGGACAUAUAAACUCUCUGAUUGGAGGAGGAUUAGGAACGCUGAAUGCAUGCUUGUCUUUUGUAAUCCAUAUGCUUGCAAUGAAUCCAAAUGCUCAACAAAAAGCUUUUCAAGAAAUUAUCAAAAUUUGUGGAUAUGAGAAAUCGCCAACGUUUGAUGACAUACAAAAAAUGGAAUAUUUACAAAUGAUUUUACACGAAACAUUACGACUACUGCCGUGUGCUCCUGGAGUGACGCGGAGAGUAACUGAAGAUUGCAAUAUAAAUGGAGUAGAGUUUAAAAAAGACGUUGUUGUACGAGUAAUGACGUGUACUUUAUAUUCAGAUGAAAAAAUAUACCCACAGCCAGAGAAAUUUAUUCCUGAAAGAUUUUCUCCUGAAGAAGUACAAAAGCGUCAUGCAUUUUCUUAUCUGCCAUAUGGACAAGGUCCACGCAUGUGUCCUGGUCUCAAGUUCGCUGACCUCCAAGUCAAAGUUGCAAUGGUGAAACUUUUACAGAGAUUUGUGAUAAAGCCAUGUUCCCGGACAAUCGAUCCUCUUCCAACAGCCUUGAGGCCAAUGCUUUGUCCGAAGGAUGGCGUUUUCGUACAGUUAGAGGAUCGUGUUCGACCGAAUGUGAGAUCAAAUACUUGCUCUGCGUGAACUGAUUUUGCUAUAAUAUAUGACAAUUAUGCAAACACUCUUGCCAUGACAGAUCACUUUAGUGAUUAAGUGCAUCAACUGUUGCCAAGCAGACGACAAACAUCGCCAAGACGUAGACCGGAGAGACUCACGUGAUGUGGUAUGCUAAUUUUUAUGACGAAUACUCAGUUGUAGACAAUGUCCUUCUUCUGUUGUUGAUUUUUACAUUGCUGUAAAUUGUUCGAUUAUAUAUGAACAUUUUACGUUAAAUGUUAUUGUGACGUGGACUAUGUUCUAAAUACUUCGAAUCGUAAAUGUGAUUGACCGUUAUUAUGAAGUGGACUAUGUUCUAGAGUUCUUAAAAUUGUAUAGGUGUAUGUCCUUCUUAACCAAUUUUGCAACUCACAUUCAACUCGAAUUGGUUGCAUGAGCUACACUGUAUGUUUUAUGAAAAAUAAAGGCAACAGUAGUAUACCGCUGUUCGAAACUCAUAAAUCGAUAGAGAUAAAAACAAAUCCGGGUUACAAACUAAAACUGGGGGAAACGCAUCAAAUAUAAGAGGAGAACAACGACACAACAAAAACACAACAUUAAAAUGUAACACACACAGAAACGAACUAUAAUGUAACAAUGGCCAUUUUCCUGACUUGGUACAGGACAUUUUAAGAAAAAAAUGGUGGGUUGAACCUGGUUUUGUGGCAUGCCAAACCUCUCGCUUUUAUGGCAAUGUUAAAUAUAACAUUAAAAUGACAACACUUAUCAAACAAACAUGAUAAGAGGUUAAGUAGUCUGAAACUUCAUUUAAGUUCUUGGACAGCAAUCAUUUUGAUUGUCAAGAAUUAACUUUAGAAGAUUAUUGUUACAUAUGAGUUCAAGUAGACUAGUAAUUUAUUUAUUCAUUUGUAUGACAAAGAUGUUUUUUUUAAAUAUAAUGCAACAAAUAUUAUCCAUGGACAGAUUUUUUAUGAAUAAUCUUAAAGAUAACCAAUGUUUAUUUUAACUUUCGAUUUUGUUUAACAACAGGGACACAGUGCAUGUUUGCAUACUUCCAUUUUUAAUAGAAUAAUAACUGAUUUUGUCUUAAAUCUGAAUGAAUUUAAUUAACAAAUAGUUUCUAUGGUAACGGAGGUUCAAAAUAAGCCUUACAAGUAGUAUUAAACGAAUGAAUUUAUCAUGAAUUUACUAACACUCAAUUAGUUAACUAACGAGAUGGUUAUAAUUAUCUGACUUCCAAAUGAUAUCUAAUUAUUUGACAAUUAUAUUUUUUACCAGUCAAUAUACAGCUAAUGAUGCAGAUUUUGCGAUAUACAAAACAGUUGUGUAGUAAAACCCCUAAGUCUUCUGAAAUUAGCCGUUUCUGAACCUUAAUCAUUUGGGUUAAUAAUUUCACAAGCGUACACCAAAACGUUUUGAUUGGUUAAAACGUCCUUAACAAUAGAAAUUCAACCAAUGACGUAACGUUAUUUUCAUUUUCGGAUACGAACAAUACAAUUACACAUAGUCCUUUAGAUUUUGCAUGAAGGAAAUAUAGACAUGAAAUCUAAAAAGUUCAAGAUGAAAAUUUUUUAUAGAAUAUGUAAUAAGACAAUGAUUCAUUUCGAAUUUCCUUGACCAUUUUCGGAUACAGCCUAUACUUUUUGACAGAGUGUCCAUAAAUGUGCGUCUAACUAUUCAUAGUUAUGAUACCUUUUUAUUAUAUCACUAUAUUUAUUAUGGCACACAAAGCAAAGAAACAAUGACGUUGUUGUUUUAACAGAAAAACGUAGCCUUUUAUACAAAUGAAUUGAUUUAAUGUACGUGUGCUUACGUGUCAGGACUGUGUAGUGAAAAGAAUGACGGACAGAACCUCUACUAAUUUCACAUAUUACUAUUAAUUGUUACAUGAUAUAAUCAUUGAGAAAUCCUAUAGUAUAGUUUUGAAAAGCAUAAUGAAUAUUGAGUUUUUCAUUUCUGUUGUGUGGAAAUA